AUGCUUAUUUUAUUUGAAACAUCAGCUGGCUAUGCCAUAUUUAAAUUACUUGAUGAAAAAAAAUUACAGGAAACACAAAAUUUAUAUGUUGAUUUCGAAUCACCAGAAAGAGCUGCUAAAGUAUUAAAAUUAACACAUUUUGAAAAAUUCGAUGAUACAACACAAGCACUUGCAGCAGCAACAGCAGCAGUUGAAGGAAAAAUCUCUAAACCAUUAAAAAAAUUACUUAAACGUCUUGUUGAUUCUGAUGUACAGGGACAAUUACUUGUUGCUGAUUCUACACUUGGCAAAGCUAUUAAAGAAAAAUUUAGUUUCGAUUGUGUAUGCAAUAGUUCAGUACAAGAUCUUAUGCGUGUUAUUCGUUCACAAGCUGAUAGUCUAUUACAAAUUGAUGAAAAAGAAUUAGCUGCUAUGCGUAUUGGUUUAGCACAUAGUUUAUCUCGAUACAAAUUGAAAUUUUCUCCUGAUAAAGUUGAUACAAUGAUUGUUCAAGCAAUCUCUUUAUUGGAUGAUCUUGAUAAAGAAGUCAAUAAUUAUAUAAUGCGUUGUAAAGAAUGGUAUGGUUGGCAUUUUCCUGAAUUAGCUAAAAUUAUUCAAGAUAAUAUUGCUUUUUGCAAAACAGUUCAACGAAUAGGUUAUCGAACACUUGCAGCUGAACUUGAUCUAUCCGACAUAUUACCAUCAGAUGUCGAAGCACAAGUAAAAGAAGCAGCUGAAAUAUCAAUGGGUACAGAAAUAUCUGAAGAAGAUAUAACAAAUAUUCGUCAUCUUUGUUCACAAGUUAUUGAAAUAUCUGAUUAUCGUACACAAUUAUUUGAAUAUCUUAAAAAUCGUAUGAUGGCUGUUGCACCUAAUUUAACUGUUCUUGUUGGUGAACUUGUUGGUGCACGACUUAUAUCACAUGCUGGAUCAUUACUUAAUCUUGCUAAACAUCCAGCAUCAACUGUACAAAUAUUAGGUGCUGAAAAAGCUUUAUUUCGUGCAAUGAAAACAAAACAUGAUACACCAAAAUAUGGUUUAAUUUAUCAUGCAUCAUUAGUUGGUCAAACAUCUGCUAAACUUAAAGGCAAAGUUAGUCGAAUGUUAGCUGCAAAAGCAGCAUUAGCUAUACGUGUUGAUGCACUCGGCGAAGGUACAGAAGCAACAUUAGGUAUAGAACAACGUGCAGAUUUAGAAAAGAAAUUUUCAAUACUUGAACAAAAUGCGACAAAACGUAUAUCAGGUACGGGUAAAAUGCAAGCAAAAUUUGAAAAAUAUCAAAAAAAUUCGGAAAAAGGACAAUUUAAUCAAGAUCAAGCUUCAACAUUGCCUCAUAAACGCUAUUCCGAUUUUGGUGGACGAGGUGGUGCUAAUAAACGAUUUAAAAGUGAUAACAUGAAUAAAUCAUUUGUUGUUUAA